AUGCGUCACACUCCAACUUACUCAGUGUUCGGUUUGGAAGAACCCGGAAAAAUGAGUUAUGCGUUAGUUAAAGAUCUCAAAAGAAACAAGACAACUAUGUUAACUUGGACUUGGAAAAGACACUUUUGGGGCAGAGUGUUAGAAGGAUGGAGUCGGUUGAAAUCGAAGGAUAUUGAUUUUCAUUGCAAAAUCAUUUUCGAGGCUGACUCGACUGCAUUAUUAUGGUGUCAUACAGAGAAGCAAUCAUCACGGAAACGAUUUGCAACUGCGCUUCAUUCUCACAUGUGUGAAGUAUUCCGGGUACAACCAGAAAUGCAAUUCAAAUUGUCUCUGGAUUACAUGGAUGAACUUCCGUAUACGAAUACGGUUAGAGAUGUUGCUCUUUUUGACACAUCUGUGAAUUCCAAAGUUGUCGAUAAAUUUUUGGAAAAAUUUCAAGUAACUCGAGUACUUUUCUCUGAAACCAUGAAACCAUGCAACCCGUUGUACGAUUCAAAGAGGCUUAAUAACCUGAAUAACUUAUUUAUUUGCUCAGCCCCUUGGCUCAAUGGUUCAAAACUGCUUCGAUGGAAUUUUGAAAAUUUGGUAGUUAGCGAUACCGGACUCUGGGAGAAUGAUUUAAUCAAUUUUGUGAACGUUUGGUUGAAUGGAAACAAUACAAAACUACAUGUAUUUUUCCAUUUAGCUUAUGCACGUCUCAACACAGUCGAAGUUGUGGAUCACUUUGAAUUGGAACCAUGGAACCCUGAGAGGGAUAUCCUUGAGUAUAAAUUGCCAGUACGCGAUUAUUGUGAACCUUUUAUCGCAGAAAUGAACGAAGCAACAAUGAGAAGAACUGGAGUUCUCGUGCGGCAGAGCGAUGGAUUACGUGCAGUACUUCGAGCUACAGUUAGCCAUUUUCAUUUUCACGUUUUGCAUGACUAG